UCGGUUCGAGGGACGAAAUGGCGGUUUUCGAAAUUGCGCAUGUUCCAAAAAUAAGUCGCGCUUCGGUUUGUUGGUCAGUCGAUUUUCCAACGUCGAUUCGAGCACAUCUAAAAAUAGUCGCGCACAAAUUCCGCAUUUCGCGUCCUUUUUUCUUUCGUUUUCGUUCCCGUUCGAAGAAGAUGCCGAACAUAAUCAACGAGAUCAAGUUGGACUUCAAAGACGUGUUGCUGAGGCCGAAACGAUCGACUUUGAAGAGCAGAAACGAUGUGAACCUGUACAGAGAAAUCACGUUCCGCAACUCGAAACAGACGUACUCGGGGAUCCCCGUGAUGGCCUCCAACAUGGACACCGUGGGCACCUUCGAGAUGGCCAAGGCGCUCUCCAAGCACGGCCUCUUCACCUGCGUCCACAAGUACUACUCCCUCGACGAGUGGCGCCGCUUCGCCUCGGACAACCCGGACUGCCUCCAGAACGUGGCAGCCAGUUCCGGCAUGUCGGAUCCGGACUUCCAACGACUGAGCGACAUUCUCAACGCGAUCCCCCAAAUCACCUUCGUCUGUUUGGACGUCGCCAACGGUUACUCGCAGCACUUUGUCGAUUUCGUCAGGAAAGUCAGGAAGAACUUCCCCCAACACACCAUCAUCGCUGGAAACGUGGUGACCGGUGAAAUGGUGGAAGAACUCAUCCUCUCCGGCGCCGACAUAAUAAAAGUGGGGAUCGGACCGGGAUCCGUGUGCACGACCAGAAUGAAGACGGGAGUCGGUUACCCUCAGCUGUCCGCCGUGAUCGAGUGCGCCGACGCCGCGCACGGCUUGCAGGGCCACAUCAUCUCGGACGGCGGCUGCACGUGCGCCGGCGACGUCGCCAAAGCCUUCGGAGCGGGAGCCGACUUCGUGAUGGCAGGCGGAAUGUUCAGCGGCCACGACCAGUGCGACGGCGAGGUCAUCGUCAAAGAGGACGGCAAAAAGUACAAACUGUUCUACGGCAUGUCGUCGAGCACCGCGAUGGAGAAACACGCCGGCGGAAUAGCCGAGUACCGAUCGUCGGAGGGCAAGACGGUCGAGGUGCCGUACAAGGGCGACGUGGAGGCGACCGUGCUCGACAUUCUGGGCGGACUGAGAAGUGCCUGCACCUACACCGGAGCCGCCAAACUGAAGGAGCUGCCCCGCAGAGCGACCUUCAUCAGAUGCACGCAGCAACUGAACACCAUCUACAACUGACUCCACGCAAUUCCAUGUUCCAUGUUUCUUUGUUGAUAUUGAGUAUUGAAUAAAGACGUUGUUCAUCGUU